GUCCGGCCCGCCCCCUCCCCAGCCGGGCGCCGACCCCCGGCCCGCGGGGGGAAGGGAGCAGAGAGGUGGAGAGCCGUUCUCGCCACUUGUCUUCCAGCUUCCGCGGCGGGAGGGACAGGACCCGGAGCCGAAGCCGCGCGGAGUCUCCCCCACACCGCCCCCCCCGCACCCCAAUACCCGGGGCCCCGCCACCGCCGCCGCGCCCCCCGCCAGCCCACCUCCGCGCCUGGACGCUCUCACUGCCGACCCUCCCCAGGCCCCACCCGAGACACCUACCUAAUUUCUGCGAAAGAAAAAAAAAUCUACCUCUAAACGCACCCCGAUCUUCGCUUGAGGACCACCCCUCUCAUUUCACAUUUGGCCUCCCCGCCGGGUGAGUGGAAAGCGUUUGCACAUCCUACAGAACCGGAGCCUCAGCGAGACGAUCCGGAGGAUUUGUACCGUGACCGGCAGGGGGGGCGGGAGGAGAGAGCGAAGUCAGGUCUCCCCGGGCGGCUGCUGGCGACUUCGGCAGCCGCGCGCCCCGCGCCCUCGGUCGCCCCCGGGCCGCUCGCCGCCGCCGCCGCGCCGCCACCCUCGCCCCCGGGCUCGCCUGUAGCCCCCGGCGGCCGCGAGAGAGUGCGGGAGACGCGGAGCCGGAGGAGGACGCGCAGCCGCUGCCCGAGCCGCAGCCGCAGCCGCAGCCGGAGCCCCAGCCGCGGGGCGGGCGCGAAGAUGCACACCACCCAGAAGGACACGACGUACACCAAAAUCUUCGUCGGGGGGCUGCCCUACCACACCACGGACGCCAGCCUGCGCAAGUACUUCGAGGUCUUCGGCGAGAUCGAGGAGGCUGUGGUCAUCACCGACCGGCAGACGGGCAAGUCCCGGGGCUAUGGAUUUGUCACCAUGGCUGACCGGGCUGCUGCUGAAAGAGCUUGCAAGGAUCCCAACCCCAUCAUUGAUGGCAGGAAGGCCAACGUGAACCUGGCAUACUUGGGAGCAAAACCAAGGAUCAUGCAACCAGGUUUUGCCUUUGGUGUUCAACAGCUUCAUCCAGCCCUUAUACAAAGACCUUUUGGGAUACCUGCACACUAUGUCUAUCCACAGGCUUUUGUGCAGCCUGGAGUGGUCAUCCCCCACGUCCAGCCCACCGCCGCGGCCGCCUCCACCGCGCCUUACAUCGACUACACGGGAGCCGCGUACGCACAGUACUCGGCGGCCGCCGCUGCCGCCGCCGCCGCGGCCGCCUACGAUCAGUACCCGUACGCAGCCUCCCCGGCCGCCGCGGGCUACGUCACGGCCGGGGGCUACGGCUACGCGGUGCAGCAGCCAAUCACCGCCGCCGCACCUGGGACCGCGGCUGCCGCCGCCGCCGCCGCCGCGGCCGCCGCCGCUUUCGGCCAGUACCAGCCUCAGCAGCUGCAAACAGACCGGAUGCAAUAGGCCCGUAGCCCCUGAUCAAAGUCUAGUUGCUUUCUCUUUCCAAAAUGUCCCAGUUUUCAGUAGCUAAUGAGAGUUAACAUUGACUUAACAGCUUUAAAAAAAAAAAAAAAAAAAAGCUAUGCUAUUGUGAAGCAGAAUUAUGAUUUUUUUUUUUUUUUUUUAUACUCCAGUAGUCAUUCUAGACGUGCAAAAGAAGGAAGGGGAGUGGGCGCAGUUUUUGGAAAUCAAUCCCAAAGAGCCUGAGUAAAUACAAGGCCGCGACGAAAUGGUGGCAGGAGGAAACCAUGGAACUUCACUUUUAUAACGGGAUUUUUACUUUUGCUCUUUUUAUAGUAUCAGGGAAGCAAACUGCCUUUUACAGUUAGAAAAUGCUAUUUGAAUCUAGUUGAACCAGGGAAUACAGAGUGAGCAAUAUGUAGCUUGAAUUACAUUGAAAAGCAGAUUUAAAAAAAAAAAAAUGGUGAAAGCACUGAUUGUCAUUUUUAGCCGUCACUAUGGCCUAGAGAACUUUUCUCAAGUAAGAAGGUGAUGUUCUUACUCUCUCAAAAAAAAAAAAAAAAAAAAAGGGCAUCGAA